UCAUCUGCAAUCUGCAACAGGCAGCUAUCGCGCUCGACCCACAGUACUAGGUCGAUUGCACAAGUGUCAUUCACCAUGCGUUUACUGAAUUCAGCGACACUCGAGUUCGAGAUUUUCAACGAAGAGAGUUUACCGGAGUAUCUCAUCCUGUCGCAUACAUGGGGAAGUGAGGAGGUAUCCUUUCAGGACAUGCGGUACUUGCAGAGACUGAAAACGCUCCCGGAGGCCAUGCAACAAGACGCAAUCGUCAUGUUUUCACUUGGACUUGCCACUGGCACCUCGCGCGUCUCCAAACAGGAUAUCGAAAGCACAGCUGGGUAUCGAAAAGUGGUAUCAACUGCUAAAGCCGCGCAGGACAAAGAUUAUAAAUACUUCUGGAUUGAUACGUGCUGCAUCGAUAAAACUUCGAGCUCGGAGCUGCAAGAGGCGAUAAAUUCAAUGUAUCGUUGGUACCAAGAGGCAUCACUUUGCAUCGUUGUUCUGGAGGAUGUGAGAGUUGGUGGGCGCGAAUAUAUCGCGGACGCUAACUUUGGAUACCUGGUUGCUCAAACACGUUGGAUCACAAGAGGCUGGACUUUACAGGAGCUCAUAGCACCACGGAGAAUGCACUUUGUGGACGCAGAUUGGCAAUUCCUGACCACUAAAAGCGUAGCCUCGGGGGAGCUCAAUGCCGCGACUGGCAUUCCACGAUAUGUCUUGGAAACAGGGAACAUGGGAAAUUCCUCAAUCGCACAGAAGAUGUCAUGGGCUGCGCAUCGCACGACGACUCGGUUAGAAGACCGCGCAUAUAGUCUUCUGGGAAUUUUUGGGGUCAACAUUCCUAUGCUCUAUGGGGAAGGCGCGAAUGCUUUUGCGAGAUUGCAAGAAGAGAUCCUGAGGACUACACCGGAUGAUUCGAUAUUUUACUGGAAGUUAGAUACAGACUGCAGCGCCACGUGUCGCGGGCUCCUUGCUCCUUCACCCAGUGCUUUCAAAGACUGUGGCAACGUUACCGCUGGACCCCCUGUGUUGGUAUCCAACACGAACAUGGGCAUCAGCCUGAGACUGAGAUUCGAAGGGCUAAUGUCAUCAGGCAAGGUUCCUCAUUCUUUGGGCAUCUUAAACGCAAAAGAUGGAAGAUUGAUAUGCGCAAUCAUGCUACAUGUCCUCCACAGAGGUCUUCCCGGAGAAAGCGGCGAGUUUGGGAAACGCUGCGCGCGGGUUUCCACACAUGCUGUUAACACGCAUGACAUUAGAAAGAUUAAGAGAUACUCCACCAUCUACGUUAGCCAUCGACCCCAAAUUCCCUCCAGAAUGUUCACCGCCGAAGCGUACUGUUAUCGCUUCCAUUUCCCGAACGAGCGCAACCGCCUGGCAAUUGGACGAACGUGGCCCCCAGCACGCGUGACCACAACGGCGAGAUGGUGCUGAUUCCGCCCCAAGCCAACAACUUCGUUUUCUUCGCACAAAUUUUGGUGCAGUACACAAACGGGCCCGGAACUGAGGUCUGCAAGGUCGCUUUUGGUGCAGAUAGCUCUCGAAGUACAGUCUGGUGUAAGCUUGUACAGGACAACAUAGCAUGGCCUCAAGACGGACAGGCUCCAGAUACUUCAACCUGGGCGGGCUUCUCCAAAAAGACCAUGAAACCAACUACUAUCCCCGCGAGGGGUACGAGUCUGUUAUUGGACGAGUCGCGUGUUCCUAACCUUGCAGUACCGAUGCGAUGGGUUUCUGCGCAGGUAAUCGCGGGUCUGACGGAGCAUAAGAUUUGCUACUUUCUAGAGAUCUCGGAGACACCGGACAAGCGUGUGUACGAUUGAUUCUUCCAAAAUUUGAAAAGAAACACAUUUUAUGGCAUUCGCAUGUGUGGAAGGUGGAAUGCGUUAGUAUACAACAACGACCAUCGUUCAUUCUAACCUUAGUCUCAACCUCGUUUCCGCUUUUGUUGCUUGUUGUCCUGCACACGUCAAAGAAAAGUUUCAAUUUAUCCUCGCUUUUUCUUCUCGAGACUAUGACUAGCCAAUGAAUUCGCCUGUGAUUAGUAAUCGUAAAUGGUCAAUCACGUAUAAUCAACGAAUACGCUUGAAAUGAAUAUCGUUUUCUCGAGAGCUAAGACAGUGUCGUGAAAUUACCUCCAACUAUGCCAGAAGGCAAGCAUAUGCGACCUGCGAUCUAAUUCAAAGCCACAUCAUCUCCACCCUUCGACCUGCCCAGACAAUCCCCAAGCCCGUCCAAACAUCCCCCUCCAACAACACCAACCCCUUACCCCCCACCAUCCUCAUAAACCCCCAAUCGUCCCUCAAUGCCCCGCCGCUCCUCCCCACCGCAUUCUC